AUGGCUGCAGCAAAUCCAAUCAGCACAAGUUGUCAAAGCAUUGCCUCGGUUAGCAAUAGUUUGAAUCCUUCAUCCAGUUUGGGUAGUGGCAGUGUACGUAGCAGCGGCAACCAUUACGUAAACGGCACUGGCAGUUUGGGUCGUUUAAAAUACUACAAGCACAAAAGUCUAGACGGCAGUGAUGAUGAGGAACUCGAUUACUCACAGAAUGAAGUUAAUAUUUUUCCAAACAUAUUUUUAUUGCUUGUAAACAUAAUAGUUGCAUCCGAAAGUGGAGAUAAUGUGAUACGAACUCAACUAAUACAAGGACGCAUUGUGGCUGGACAAGAUGCUACUGCCAAUCAAUUUCCAUAUCAAGUUUUCAUGAAAGUGCAAUAUGAUAAGCACAAUGGCGCAACAUGCGGUGGAGUUUUGAUUGGUAAGAAUUGGGUACUAACCAUCGCCAAAUGCACACAGAAUGUCACUAAUGCUACUCUGUACUUGGGUAGCAAUGAACGCAACAGUUUUCCCGUUGUUAUCAGCGUGCAAGAAAAUGAAAUUUUUCCACAUCCCGACUAUAACCCGAAAUAUCAUAACAACGACAUUGGUUUAAUAAGAAUACCACCACUGACGCUGAAUGACACUGUAAAUAUUAUUAGACUGCCUUACAUGGGUACCACGAACACCUAUGCUGAUCAAUAUGCUUAUGCUGUUGGUUGGGGUAACACUAAUUCAGGUAUAUGA